AUGGAAACAGACUGCGACCCAGAUUCUGGAAUUCUGUUUCGUCCGGUAAAACGAAGAAAAUACCAGCGGCGUCGGCUGGAGGACACCGGCAGCCAACAAGAAACCCAAGCUUCAAACGAGGCUACCUUAAAAUCCCAAUAUCCCCAUAACGAUUCAGAAUUCGGACAGGCCGCUGACACUCUUCGACUUCGACGGCUUCGUCGCUCCCGCAAGGGCGGCAUAGAGUUCUCAACGACGCCGCGACCUACAACAGACAUGGACCGAGCUUCUCUUUCAGUGGCGACGGAAGAGGACAUGGAGAGCGAGCGACUAAGAGCCAUGUGCGAUCGCUUCACAGCUCAUACUGGGCAAACACUGGAUGUUGAUAAGCAUAUGAUGGCCUAUAUAGAAUCCGAGCUAGCUAAACGAUAUCAACGUGGUACUCCUAGCCUCUCACAUGACAUGUCUGAUCCCAGUGCAACUACGCUGAGCAGAGCCAACAACUCUCUAUCUACCGCCGAUCUCCCCGAGCGCGAGCCCGCUUCUCUGGGGAAGCUACACGAGAUAGACCUUGGCCAAGAGGCCAAAUUGCGAAAUAUCGCUCGAACUGAAGAGGCAACAAAGAAGAUGAAUGGCUAUGAAGACGAGCCGUCAGCGGAGCGUUCGUCUUCCAAGCAAACAACCCGAUAUCGAAAACGGCGGACAAGCAAAGAUAUUGAGAGAGACCGGCUAGUGGAGGAGGUAUUGCGCGAGAGCAAACUGGAUGUCUAUGAUGAACCGGAAGAAGAUAAAGUGGCAGCCGACGAUCAAGCGGCUGACGAUAGGGUUGCGGAGCAGUUCCGACGGGAUUUUCUUGAUGCCGUCCAGUCGCGUCGCCGGGUCGCCCGGACGAAACCUACGAAACAGCCUGGCAAAACUGAGACCCCCAAAGGCCCUAAGCUAGGAGGUAGUAGGAGUGCAAGAGCGGCAAUGCGUGAAAUGCAAGAGAGGGGCUCGCGGAAGUAA